CACCAACCUCCCAAAAGGUGACUGGCUCUGCACCGCUAUUCAUCAACUAUUGCAAAGCAAAGAAUAGAUUUUCAUUCUCUUACCUUUUCAAGGCACUCCAAAGCGCUUCUCCAGCUUGUCAUUACCCACACCAAAAUCUCCUCCAACGAUCCGCUCUUUCCGGCAUCCUCACUCCUCCCGUAUCAACUCCCCUCCUCUGCCUCUUCCUAUUCAACAGCCAAGAUGCCAUCAACAGCCUCAAAAUUCUUCUUCUUCUACGCCGCGAUCACCGCCGCAGGAACCGUGUUAGGGCACACGCAGAUGGGAUACAACCUCGUGUUUCCUGCCCUCAAGAAAGCCCCCAAUUCACCUGGUGUAAAAGCCGCCCGAAUUGGAUGGAUGGAAUGUAAUCAGGGGUUCGCGUUUAUUGCUCUAUUCUGCAUCAAAUGGGCCAACCACGGCUUGACAAGCUACUACGACAAGAUCUUCUUCGCCAUCUACACCGUAGCCCAGAUCUGGACCGGAAUCGCGUAUCUCAGAGCGGGGAUCUAUCAGCCGCUGGUCCUUUUGUGGGGAAUCCCUGCUCUUGUCGGGAUCGCAUUGUUGCUUUGAUCGACUAGGGGUCUAAUGCGGGGCAGAUCUAGGGGUUGCUUUGGAAUGAUUAUGGAAGGUUUAGAGACAGUAAUUGUAAGAGGGUAGAAUAUUGAGCAAGUCCAGAUUCGGGACCGAGAAGGAAGUAUAGAUCCGGUGGUGCGUGAACCCACGAUCACACAUGAGACAGUCUUGCAUGGAAUGCAUAUUUGGAAAUUAUAUUGUUACCAU